GAUAGGGAUUAAAAUACUUUGAUUACUAAAUAGUAAUGCUGUGUUAGGGUGCUUUAGGUAAAGUCCUCGUCUCCUAACUUCUAGUUUCAUAAAAUCUUUAAAGUUUCCGUGAGAUAUCAGAACUUCUGGAAGUUACAUGGAAACAUUAGAACGGACCCCAAGCGGUGGUGUGGCGCCAUCUGGUGGAGGUCUUUUUCCAACGCACCUUAUGUUCCGCCGCUGAAAUAUGACGUCUUAUUGAACGUCAUCAGGCCGAGACGCCAGUCAACCAAACGAUUGAAAAGGCGCCGGGACAAUGCUUUUCUACUCGUUCUUCAAGUCGUUGGUGGGGAAGGAUGUGGUGGUGGAGCUGAAGAAUGACCUCAGCAUCUGUGGGACCCUCCACUCCGUCGACCAGUACCUGAACAUCAAGCUGACAGACAUCAGCGUCACGGACCCAGAGAAGUACCCCCACAUGCUGUCGGUGAAGAACUGCUUCAUCCGUGGCUCGGUGGUGCGCUACGUCCAGCUGCCCGCCGACGAGGUAGACACGCAGCUGCUGCAGGACGCGGCCCGCAAGGAGGCCAUGCAGCAGAAACAGUGAUGGCUCCCGGCCGUCGCCACGGCGACGAGGAGGAGGAGGGGGGGGGAGCGUUGGGUUGUCGUGGUCGCAGGCGGAGGUUGGACCGCUCCACUCUGGAGGGGGGAGAGGGGUCGGACCGCUCCACUCUGGAGGGGGAGAGGGGUCGGACCGCUCCACUCUGGAGGGGGAGAGGGGUCGGACCGCUCCACUCUGAAGGAGGAGAGGGGUCGGACCGCUCCACUCUGGAGGGGGAGAGGGGUCGGACCGCUCCACUCUGGAGGGGGAGAGGGGUCGGACCGCUCCACUCUGGAGGGGGAGAGGGGUGUCUACCAGUAUGGGGAGGGUGUUCUCGGACCACCGCUUGUGUUUCAUUUCCUUUUUUAUUCGUACAGAGCUUGGCAAGGGUGUGGAGGACGUGUUGGGUAUAAGAUGGUUGAUUCCACGUUUUCUUGUCCCUUUUCAGGAACGACAACAUUUAGUUUGUGCAGCCAAUGACUGGCCGGUUGUUACUUUUGAAAUAUUUGGUUUACAUUUGCUAUUUAGAAAGAAAAUACAGAUUUGGUUUAAACGCUGACCGCUGGUUCUAUUUGUCCAUGGUAAUAGAAUUAGUCUCUGAGGGAAAUGGUCUGAGAGCAUCCUGACUCAACAAGGUCGUAGAUAAGAUGCAUCAAGAAUUAUUUCUUUUUUUACCAUAGAAGACUCUUUGUAAGUAUUUCUGUUUGACGUUUGAUGGCUGUUUUUCUAUGUAACCGUCGAGGACUUGAUUAAAAUGUUUUGCCAUGAAUGCAA